UGCUAUACUGGUAAUGGUAGCUUUUAUAUCGGUAGCCAAAGUGAAAGUGAAGAUGGAUUAGCUUGUCAAGAUUGGCUAGAUCAACAUCCGCAUAGCCACAGCUUCAUUCCUACAUCUUAUAGGCGAUACCGAUAUAAUUUAGAUUACAACCGUUGUCGUAAUCCUGAUUUAAUCAAUCGAAAUAGGCCAUGGUGUUUAACGACCAAUUCUAGUAUUCAAUGGCAAUAUUGUGAUAUCCCAAGGUGUUCAAUGCCAUCUCAAGAAAUACUAACCGAUAUAUUAGCUAAUAAAAGUAAGUAUGACGGACUACAAAUCUGCAAUACUUUGUAA